AUGAGAGCAAGCAUUGUGCCCUGUUUCGCAUGUAAAACAGAAGCAUGUAAAACAGAAACAUGUAAAACAGAAGCAUGUAAAACAGAGGCAUGUAAAACAGAAGCAUGUAAAACAGAAGCAUGUAUAACAGAAGCAUGUAAAACAGAAGCAUGUAAAACAGAAGCAUGUAAAACAGAGGCAUGUAAAACAGAAGCAUGUAAAACAGAAGCAUGUAAAACAGAAGCAUGUAAAACAGAAGCAUGUAAAACAGAAGCAUGUAAAACAGAAGCAUGUAAAACAAAAUCAUGUAAAACAGAAGCAUGUAAAACAGAAGCAUGUAAAACAGAAGCAUGUAAAACAGAAGCAUGUAAAACAGAAGCAUGUAAAACAGAAGCAUGUAAAACAGAAGCAUGUAAAACAGAAUCAUGUAAAACAGAAGCAUGUAAAACAGAAGCAUGUAAAACAGAAGCAUGUAAAACAGAAGCAUGUAAAACAGAAUCAUGUAAAACAGAAGCAUGUAAAACAGAAGCAUGUAAAACAGAAUCAUGUAAAACAGAAGCAUGUAAAACAGAAGCAUGUCGACUUAAUGUAAUAUUGCAAAGGGUUUUGGUUGAUCUCACGGAUGACCAAACCUCCUUGAGAAUGUAA